AUGCCAGAGUUUGAGACAUUUUUUAAUUCACUUUACCUGACUUUUCACUGCCCUCCACAUUGCCUCCCUCUGCAUUCAGGAAGAGGACUGCGGAUCCGAGACAUCUUGAAAGACGGGGAGACUCUAACCCCCUACCUACUGAAUGUUGUUGGCCUCUCAGACUUCUUGGUUUUCCAGCUUAUGAAUUCUCAAGUGCGCCCUGAACAGUUUGCCUAUGGAGUCCCUGACUUGGCUCUGGAGGACAUUGCCUGCAGCAGGAUGCUACUUGACCGCUUCAUUAUCUUCAGCAGCCGAAAAGGUCUGCCUGCUGUGCACAAAGCAAUGUGUUCCCUCUCCCAGGGGAGCCUCCAGAGAAUAGAAGAUGUCUUGUAUGCAAAUGUUGAUUUCUUCAAGCUUUUCCGGCUGCUUCCCACUGUUUUAGACAGUAACUCAGCAGGUAUUGACCUGCAGUACUGGGGGAUAGUGCUGUCUGAUGUGUUUCAAGCACUGCGAGAGCUAGCCAGGAGAUCAAGCAUACAGGACCUUCUGGAGGUUAUGCAGCCAUUUUUCCAAGAUGGAGAGCCAACAUCCUUAGGCCAUCUGAUGAACUCCUUGUCUGAUCUUUUCUGUGGCUACCCAGAGGGAGGUGGUACCAGAGUGUUCUCCUUCAACUGGUAUGAAGAUAAUAACUACAAGGCCUUUCUUGGGAUUGAAUCCACCAAGAAGGAAUCCAUUCAUUUUUAUGACAACACAACCACACCCUUUUGUAAUGCACUGAUCCAGCGCAUGGAAUCAAACCCUUUGACCAAAAUAGCCUGGAGUGUUGCAAAGCCCCUGCUGAUGGGGAAAAUCCUCUUUGCUCCUGAUUCUCCUGCUGUAAGGCAAAUACUGAAAAAUGCAAACUCCACCUUUGAGGAACUUGGGCGCCUCAGACUGUUGACCAAAGCCUGGGAAGAAGUGGGACCUCAGCUGUGGGAUUUCUUUCAAAACAGCCAGCAGCUAAACAUGAUCCGAGACACUCUGAAGCACCCCACAGUGAGAGCCUUCUUGAACACACAACUGGAUAAUGAAGGUUUAGCUGAAUAUGUGAUCAACUUUCUCCAUAAUGGCUCCCCAGAGAGCCGAGAGGAGGGCAUGGCAGACUUUGAUUGGCGGAAUAUCUUCAAUACCACAGACCAGGCCUUGCGUUUGUUGCAUCAGUAUCUUGAGUGCUUGACCCUGGAUAAAUUUGAAGGUCAUGCUGAUGAAACCCACCUGACACAUCGUGCCCUUCACCUGCUGGAGGAAAACAGAUUUUGGGCUGGAGUUGUCUUUCCCGACAUGCAUCACAUGACCAGCAAGGUGCCACCUCAUGUGAAAUACAAGAUCCGGAUGGACAUAGAUGCAGUGGAGAAAACAAAUAAAAUCAAAGACAGGUACUGGGAUCCUGGUCCAAGAGCUGACCCAGUGGAGGAUUUACGUUACAUCUGGGGAGGGUUUGCAUAUCUGCAAGACAUGAUUGAACAUGGGAUCAUAAAGACUCAGACCAACACUGAAGUGCCAGCAGGAAUCUACCUGCAGCAAAUGCCCUAUCCCUGCUUUGUAGAUGAUGUCUUUAUGAUCACCCUGAACCGCUCCUUCCCCAUCUUCAUGGUGCUGGCUUGGAUCUAUUCAGUUUCCAUGAUCGUGAAGAGCAUUGUUCUGGAAAAAGAAAUGAGACUGAAAGAAGCCUUGAAGAACAGGGGAGUCACUAAUGGGGUAAUCUGGUACACCUGGUUCCUAGACAGCUUCAUCAUGAUGGCUCUGAGUACAUUUCUCCUAACGGCACUAAUUGCGCAUGGCCACGUUCUUCAUUAUACUGAUCCCCUCAUCCUUUUUCUGUUUCUGCUGACAUUCAGCGCAGCCACCAUCAUGCAGUGUUUCUUGCUCAGCACCUUCUUCUCCAAAGCCAAUCUGGCAGCUGCCUGCAGUGGAGUCAUCUACUUCACCCUCUACCUGCCCCACAUCGUCUGCUUCAACUGGCAGGAUCGUUUGACUGUUCAUCUGAAGAUUCUGGCAAGUUUGCUUUCUCAAGUGGCUUUUGGGUUUGGUACAGAGUACUUAUCACGCUAUGAAGAGCAAGGUCUUGGGCUGCAGUGGGACAACAUUAAAACUAGUCCUUUGGAAGGAGACCAGUACAGUUUUGACUGGUCCAUAAGGAUGAUGCUUUUUGAUGCUUUUCUAUAUGGAAUAUUUGCCUGGUACCUCGAUAAUGUUUUUCCAGGAGACUAUGGAAUACCCCGACCUUGGUAUUUCCCUUUGCAGGAGUCUUAUUGGUUUGGGUCUGGAUUCCCAAAAGCUAAGAAAACAGCAGCUGCUGAUGCAGAGAAAAGUCCAGAAGAAGACGGUGCAGACAAGGUCAAAGAAGAGGAAAAGAGCAAAAUCAUGACACAGAAAGACAUCAAGCAGGAAGAAAAGAGUCACAACCAGGGGGAUAAGGACAGCGAAGAUAAAAAAUGUAAACAUAAAAGGAAAAAAGAACCUGAUGAGCAGGACAAGCCUAAAGCAGAGGCACAGGACACAGUGGAUAUAACCAUGAAGACCUUUUUUGAACCUGAACCUUCAGGCCUGGUCCCAGGAGUGUGCAUACAGAACUUGGUGAAGAUAUUUGGAAACAGCACAAAGCCAGCAGUGGAUGGGAUAACUGUUACUUUUUAUGAGGGCCAGAUCACAGCCUUCCUUGGCCACAAUGGAGCAGGAAAGACAACCACCCUGUCAGUCCUGACAGGCUUGUUCCCACCCACAUCUGGAACUGUCCUGGUUGGUGGUGAGGAUAUCCAAAUGCACAUGGACUCUAUUCGACAGAAAAUAGGCAUGUGCCCUCAGUACAACAUUUUAUUCAAUCACCUUACUGUAGCAGAGCACAUCUUGUUUUACGCCCAACUGAAAGGGAGAUCCAAAAAAGAAGCUGAGCUGGAGCUGGAGAUGAUGCUGGAAGACAUAGGUCUCCCCCAUAAAAGGAAUGAAGAGGCCCAAAACCUGUCAGGUGGCUUGCAGAGAAAGCUAUCUGUUGCCAUUGCCUUUGUUGGUGAGGCAAAGGUGGUUGUCUUGGAUGAGCCCACCUCUGGAGUUGAUCCAUAUUCCAGGAGGUCUAUCUGGGAUCUUCUACUGAAGUAUCGUUCAGGCAGAACCAUUAUUCUCUCAACCCAUCAUAUGGACGAGGCUGACAUCCUUGGAGACCGGAUUGCCAUCAUAUCCCAAGGGAAACUGUACUGCUCAGGCUCUCCCAUCUUCCUGAAGAACAUCUUUGGAACUGGCUUCUAUCUUACCUUGGUCCGCAAGAUGAAAAAGAUCCGACGUAAAGAACGAAAAGAUGCAACCCACUGCAGCUGUGACUCCCAUUGCUCCUGCCCCUGCUCUAACUGUGCUUCUUCACACAAGGAGGGAGCUCCUGAACAAGAACUGGAUGGGGAUCUGAAUCAGCUAACAACCCUAAUUCAUCAUCAUAUUCCUGAAGCAAAAUUAAUUGAAAACAUUGGUCAGGAACUCAUCUACCUUUUGCCCAAUAAAGAUUUUAAACAAAGCUCUUACGCCAGCCUCUUCAGAGAAUUGGAGGAAACUCUGGAUGACCUAGGACUUAGCAGUUUUGGGAUUUCAGACACACCGCUUGAAGAGGUGUUUCUGAAGGUCACUGCAGGGGCUGACCCCGCAACACAGAACACAGGAAGUGCUCAAGAAAAUGGCUCUGCUCCCACAAGAAUCUCCACUGAGGAAACUGAGAAGGCUGAACAAACCCCCUCAGCAGUGAACAGCACCUCUCAAACUCCCAUAGGCCUGGCAGAAGAUGGCAGUGAAGGCAAAGCCUCCUAUCAGUAUAAAGGUUUCCAGCUUAUCCACCAGCAAAUCAAGGCACUGCUCAUUAAACGGUUCUGCCAUGCUAUCCGGAGCCAAAAGGACUUCCUUGCUCAGAUUGUUCUCCCUUCUAGUUUUGUGUUGCUGGCUUUAAUACUUACACUCAUUGUCCCUCCAUUUGGAGAAUAUCCCAGUUUAAUGCUGCACCCUGGGAUCUAUGGACACCAGUUUGUUUUCUUCAGCAAUGAGCGCCCUGGCAGUGAGCAGAUGGUUUCCCUUACUGAUGCCUUCUUGAAUAAACCAGGAUUUGGCAAUCGCUGCAUGAAAGAACAGCCUCUUCCGAACUACCCGUGCGGUAAUAUGUCAACUGCCUGGAAUGUACCAACUGUUUCUUCUAAUGUAACCAACGUGUUUUGGGUCCGUACAUGGAGCCCUGAUAAUCCUACACCCUCCUGCAAGUGCAGCACCCACAAGAAACUCACUAUGCUCCCUGAAUGCCCUCCAGGAGCUGGAGGCUUUCCUCCCCCUCAGCGAGUACAGUGGAGCACAGAAAUUCUUCAAGAUCUCACCUACAGAAAUAUCACAGAUUUCCUGGUGAAAACCUAUCCCACACUUAUAAAAGGGAGUUUGAAGAGCAAAUACUGGGUCAAUGAGCAAAGGUAUGGAGGAAUUUCCAUUGGAGGAAAACUCCCUGUUCUUCAUGUCACUGGAGUCCAGAUUGCUGAUUUUUUGAGAGAUCUUGGCUUAAUGCUCAAUGUGAAAGGGGGCCAUGCUUCAAUGGCUGCUUCUAAUGAAAUGUCUGAUUUACUUAAAUACAUGGAAACAGAAGACAAUGUUAAGGUGUGGUUUAACAACAAAGGUUGGCAUGCCAUGGUCAUCUUCCUCAACAUAGCCAACAAUGGGGUCCUGAGAGCCAAUCUACAGAAAGGCCAAUCCCCUGAGGAAUAUGGGAUCACUGUUAUAAACCAUCCUCUGAACCUCACCAAGGAGCAGCUCUCUGAAGUCACCAUACUGACCACAUCAGUGGAUGCCGCUGUUGCCAUCUGUGUGAUUUUUGCCAUGUCCUUUAUCCCAGCCAGUUUUGUUCUGUAUCUGAUUCAAGAGCGGGUCACAAAAGCCAAGCACCUUCAGUUUGUCAGCGGUGUGACUGCUGCUGUUUACUGGUUAACCAACUUCUUCUGGGACAUAGUGAACUAUGCUGUGAGUGCCACUAUGGUUGUGGGUAUAUUCAUUGGCUUCAAGAAGAAAGCGUACACUUCUCCAAGCAAUCUCCCUGUGCUUAUAGCAUUGCUGCUUCUGUAUGGAUGGGCAGUAAUUCCCAUGAUGUACCCAGCAGCCUACCUUUUCAGUGUCCCUAGCACAGCAUAUGUUGCAUUGUCUUGUAUUAAUCUCUUCAUUGGGAUCAACAGCAGUGCCAUUACAUUUGUCCUGGAGUUGUUUGAAAAUAACCCGUCUUUGCUGAAAUUCAAUAACAAAUUGAAAAACUUGCUGCUGAUCUUCCCACAUUUCUGCCUGGGAAGGGGACUCAUUGACCUAGCCAUGAACCAAGCAGUGACUGAUGUAUACGCCAGGUUUGGUGAGGAGCGUGUCUCGAAUCCAUUCCAGUGGGACUUUAUUGGAAAGAAUCUGUUUGCUAUGGCAGUGGAAGGGAUUGUAUACUUUGUUCUCAAUCUCUUUAUGCAGCAUCGUUUUUUCCACACAAGAUGGUUUUAUUAUCCUGUCACAACACCCAUUAACAAUGAAGAUGAGGAUGUUGCAGAGGAAAGACAAAGAAUUAUGAAAGGAGGAAGCAAAACAGAUAUCUUAACAUUAAAAGAACUGACAAAGCUUUAUGCAACUGGACAAAGGCCAGCAGUAGACAGGCUCUGCGUGGGCAUUCGUCCUGGAGAGUGUUUUGGCCUCCUGGGAGUGAAUGGUGCUGGCAAGACGACAACGUUCAAAAUGCUGACUGGGGACACUGAUGUGACAACUGGAGAUGCUGUGGUGGCUGGCAACAGUAUAUUGACCAACAUCUCUGAUGUCCAUCAAACCAUGGGCUACUGCCCUCAGUUUGAUGCUAUUGAUGACCUGCUCACAGGUCGGGAACAUCUCCGUCUCUAUGCAUGCCUGCGAGGAGUCCCAGGAAAGGAAAUCGAGAGGGUUGCUGAGUGGGGCAUUCAGAAGCUGGGUCUUCACAUGUAUGCUGACCAGCUGGCAGGCACUUACAGUGGUGGCAACAAACGCAAACUUUCUACUGCCAUCGCACUGAUAGGCUGCCCUCCUCUCAUCCUACUAGAUGAACCAACUACAGGAAUGGAUCCUCAGUCCCGACGCCUCCUAUGGAACUCCAUUGUCAGUGUGAUCAAAGAAGGGCGAGCUGUAGUUCUGACAUCACACAGCAUGGAAGAAUGUGAAGCUCUCUGUACUCGUCUAGCCAUAAUGGUGAAGGGGACCUUCAAAUGCUUGGGCACAAUUCAACAUCUAAAAUACAAAUUUGGAGAUGGCUAUAUUGUCACAUUGAAAAUCAAAGCCCCAAAGCCUGGGAUGCCUCCAGAUCCCACCUCAGCUGAACAAUUCAUACAUGCAAACUUCCCUGGGAGUUUACAGAGAGAGAAACACUACAACAUGCUGCAGUACCAGAUAUGCUCCUCCUCGCUGGCCAAGAUCUUUCGGUUACUUAUCUCCAACAAGGAAAGCCUGAGUAUUGAAGAAUAUUCUGUUUCUCAAACAACUUUAGAUCAAGUAUUUGUGAACUUUGCUAAGCAACAGAUGGAAGACGAGACAAUUCCUUUACACCCUCGUGCAGGUGGAGCCAGGAGAGAAGUGAAGGUGUACCCAGAUUCUCCUGCACAGACAUCUGCAUAGUGCAGCUACUAAUACCAGGAGCAUAAAUAGCUCAGGGAAGUGCCAUAUUGUGGCAGUAUGGACAGUGAAGAAACCACUCCUGGGCGCAGUAUUCAGAUAAAGUCUUGCUGAGAAAUGUGUAACUUUAGCAGGCACAGGAAGCUUCUACUGCUCUGACAUGAGAAACACAUGAGAUACACAUCAAAAAUGUGAAAGGAGUCAAGGUGUUUGGUUUAUAAAAUGCUUCUGUAAAAUAAAAAUCAUUUUUGGUGCAAAAGGAAAGGACUCUUUCCUCCUUCUGAGCGCACACAAAGCUAUUAAGAGUACAGUUUCUGUACCCUGGCAUUUUUAACUGCUACUAGUAGCACUGGGCGCAGAGCCAAAGGCAGAGAGCACUGCCCAGCUCAGAAAUAGGAAAAUCUAGACUGGGUCAGAACAUAGUUGCUAACAGACCAUAUAGCUGCUCAGAGGCUGCCUUGUUGAAAUGUCACACCAUUGUAUUAGAGUUCCAGAAGCAAACAGAGGACAUUUUUCAGCAGAAAUGAGGGGGCAGGGGAACCAGUAGUGGAUCAAGGACCACUAAAAAGGGUGUGUGGCAGCAGCAAUGAGCAAACUGAGCAUAGGUCCAGUAGCUGAGACCAGAGCUCUCAGCAGUAAACCAGAGGCAAAGGAGGGGGUAUGAUUGCACCACUGUCCUCAGGGAGAACCAACUCAAAGCUCACAGCCAAGCAGAACCUUUUUGACAUUUGAAAAAGUUUGAUAUAUGUUUUAAUGAAUAUGACCACAUGCCCCUUCACUUUCUGGUUUCAUGUGCUGAGGCAAAAAUGCUGAAACAGGUAUUUUAAAAGAGUCAACAUAAUGCUUGGUAUUUAUGCUCCAGCCUGACCCAGGCCAUACUGACAUUCUCCAUUUCACAAAGAGGUCUGGGAAGACAUCCCUGUCAUAAAUCAGGAUGAAAUUUUCCCUCUGCAAAAACACUAAUUUUGCAUCUAGCUCCUUUCCUGGUUCACAGUUUAGAUUAGUGAGACAAGCAGGUUCGCAGUGAUUUAUUGCUUUGGUUACUUACCAGAGCAUGUCCCUCAGCCACUUUCUCACUGAAAGAAUUUGUUAUGCAAAAAUGAAGGCUGUUGUGUAUUUUUGUUCAUCAGUCCCAUUCCCCCCAUCCUCUCCUCCCCGAUAUAGCUUU